AUGAAUGAAACACAGUAUCAGUGUAAAUGUGAGGGUCUGUUUGUUUGGCCGAAUGACACGUGUCACUCAUACGAGGCCUGUGAUGUCAUCACUAAUGGUUCAUGUACAUGUAUCAAUGCCCUUCCAAUCGACGGACAGUUCUGCCAAAUUCUACCUUCUGAGUACGUGAUUGACAUUGAUGUGAGAUUCUUUGACUUGUUCCUGGUGAACUACUUACGCAAUCUCAUCAAAAACAUCAGCCUUCCUCUCACUCUGAGCAACAGCAUUAAUAUCACAGAUAUCGACAUGAAUACUGUGUGUGGGUUAAAUGGAACAGAAUAUGAGUGCGUGUGUGAGGAGAAUCAUGUUUGGCCCAGUGACACCUGCAGGGUCUAUCAGGUGUGUGAUGACAUCGUGGGAGGCACCUGUGGAUGUAUUCGAGCUUUCCCUUCAGAGGGUUCACUUUGUCAGAGAGACAUCAAUGAAUGUAAAGAUGCAGUGUCUGUGUGUGGUCAAUCCUCAGACUGUAUUAACAUCAUUGGGAGUCACAUGUGUUCAUGCUGGAGUGGAUUUAAUAUCUCUAAUAAAGACAGUCCUGUGAGCCGCAACAACUCCUGUCAGGAUGUGAAUGAAUGUCUCGAGACACCAGAGGUCUGUGGUCCAAACUCUCAUUGCACCAACUCAGUUGGGAGCUACAACUGUUCCUGCUUGAGUGGAUUUACUGUGACAAAUAGGAAUCAAUCAGUCAGCACCAGUAACCCAUGCAAUGUGACCCUACCUUUGACUGAAUAUCUGAUUGAAAUUCAGAUCAAUAGCAUGGACAGCAGCUUCACUGAUCAGCUGAGGAUCCUUCUGAUGUCUUUCAGUUUGCCCUACACAAUCAGUGACAGCACUAAAAUUACAGAAAUCAACAUAACUACUGUGUGUUCUUUGAACGAAACACAGUAUCAGUGUAAAUGUGAGGGUCUGUUUGUUUGGCCGAAUGACACGUGUCACUCAUACGAGGCCUGUGAUGUCAUCACUAAUGGUUCAUGUACAUGUAUCAAUGCCCUUCCAAUCGACGGACAGUUCUGCCAAAUUCUACCUUCUGAGUACGUGAUUGACAUUGAUGUGAGAUUCUUUGACUUGUUCCUGGUGAACUACUUACGCAAUCUCAUCAAAAACAUCAGCCUUCCUCUCACUCUGAGCAACAGCAUUAAUAUCACAGAUAUCGACAUGAAUACUGUGUGUGGGUUAAAUGGAACAGAAUAUGAGUGCGUGUGUGAGGAGAAUCAUGUUUGGCCCAGUGACACCUGCAGGGUCUAUCAGGUGUGUGAUGACAUCGUGGGAGGCACCUGUGGAUGUAUUCGAGCUUUCCCUUCAGAGGGUUCACUUUGUCAGAGAGUGCCUGCUUUGGUGCCUUUCUUCCCGGAGGUGCAUGAGGACCUCACCAGGUCAUGGAUGGCACCUUUUGCUGCCAGAAACCGAUCUACUGGUUCCUCCUCCUUCACCACCCUUGAUGGUGGUGCAGGACUGACUUUUCUGGUUGUGUGUGGUCGACAUGAAGAAUUCCUCAAGGUCCCUGUGUCUCAGGCUACCCCUUUCGGCAACGCCGAAACAUGGCCCAGUAGUUAUUGGCUGCACAGGAGCAGACUGAGGCAGUCUGACCUUCUGCCCGGCGGGCAGCUACUGCUUCCACAUGUCUGCCGGUCGCAGUGCCCAAGCCUGUUCGAGUAG